AUGUGUAUCUCGGCGAAGUCUGAUACCCAACGGCGCGAAGCCGUCGCCUACAUCACCAACCAAAUAUCAUCAACCCCGCCAAACAAUCCAGUUGGGACGUCAGGAGUCCUGAGCAAGCUGCUUCCGCUGUUAUCAGAUGCGUCAACGUCGGUACGCGCCCAGCUUCUGAAGCUGUUCCGAGCAUUGCCGCCAUCAGAGGUUGGGGCGCAUGUGGAGAAGAUUCUCAUGUACAUCCGCGGGGGCAUGACCCAUCUUUCACCAGAUAUUCGCACAGACACGCUCGCCGUCCUGGAUUGGCUUCUCGAUGUGGCAGGGGAUGAAGUGGUUUCUUGUUCAGGAGGCUGGUUGAAAACAAUCAACAGCUUCAGCUCCAUGCUCGGGUGGAAUCCCAGUGUUGGCUCAGCCAUGACCAGCAAAGGCUGGACGACGGCAUCCAAAGCCACUCUGGGUACUAAGAAGGGCCCUGAAGCUCAGGCGAGACAGAUCCAAGCUCUCGCCAGGUUUCUCGAAGUCGGCUUCAAGCCUGAAGCUCCGAUUCCUGUCCAAUCUGCGGCUUACUGGGACAGCAUAUAUCGCCUGCCAACCACACCAAAUCCCUUUGCAUAUCUCAACCUUUUCGGGAUACCGCGAGACGAGGAAAACGAAAUGUAUCUCGAUCGUGGGUCGCGGCAGCGUGUUUUCGAUGCCAGAUGGAGAGCCACCAUCGCGACUGGUAUGGAGGGUGCCAGGAAGGAGGGGGGAACGGUUGGGAGGGCUGCAGCUGCGCUGGGGAGAGCCUUGAAUGGCGGGUUUGAUGGUCCUGAAUCUGGAUCUGAAAAUUAG